GAGAAUGAGAAUUUACAAGGAGUAGGAGAAAAAUCUGAAGAAGAGAUGGAGAAUUUAAGAUUAAAAAUAGUGGAUAUGAAGAAUAGAAAAAAAAAAAAAAAGGAAAAAGAAUAAAGGUAAGAGAAAGAAAUUGAGUAUAAAUAUAAAUAAAAAAAAAAAAAAAGGGUAAUAAGAUAGUUGAGAGUGCCACAUAAACUGCUUCUGAUAGGUUUCACUGCCUCAUAGACGUGAGAAUACGCAAAGUGUCACGUCAGAUGUUUAUGCUUAACUGAAAUCAUUUGUAAAUAAAUAAAUGUUUCAAUAGAUACACGAGUUAAUUGAGUUGCUAAUAAAAAAAAAUUAAAAAUAAUAUGUCCAAGUAAAAUGAUGUCACUAGAGUUGGACUAAGGGAGUACAUAUUCAUGUGCUCAAUUUUACACACAUAACUGCCCAAUCAUUGAAUAAAAGAUUCCUUUUCUUUCUUGAGCUUUUUCUUCCGACAGUGUCACAAACUCCAAUGAUGACUUCCUACCCGGCUCCGAUUAACCCGACCCGAACCCGAAUAGGAUGGAUAGGUACCGGCGUAAUGGGUGGCGCAAUGGCUUCUAGGCUUCUCUCCGCUGGCUAUUCCGUCACAAUCUACGCCCGCAAUCCUUCUAAAGUUGUUCACCUUCAAUCUCAAGGUGCUCUUCUUGCUGAUUCCCCAGUUGAUAUUUGUAAGAAUGAUGUUAUUUUCACUAUGUUGGGACACCCAUCAGAUGUUCGACAAAUUGUCUUAGAGAAUUUGAUUCCGUUUCUCAAUCAAAACACUGUUAUUAUCGAUCAUACGAGUAGUCACCCGGUUCUUGCUAAGCAGAUUUUCGAUGCUGCCCGAGAGAGGGAUUGCUGGGCUGUUGAUGCUCCUGUUUCGGGUGGCGAUAUUGGGGCGAAAGAAGGGAAAUUGGCGAUUCUUGCUGGUGGAAAUGAGGAUGUAGUGAAGUGGUUAAACCCUUUGUUUGAUGUGUUGGGUAAGGGGACUUUCAUGGGUGGUCCGGGGAAGGGGCAAAGCUGUAAAAUUGCGAAUCAGAUUGUCGUGGGAGCGAAUAUGCUUGGGUUGAGUGAAGGAUUGGUGUUUGCAGAGAGAGCAGGGUUGGACAAGAAGAAGUUUGUGGAGGCAGUGAAAGGAGGAGCAGCGGGUUCAAUGGUAAUGGAGUUGUUUGGAGAGAGGAUGAUUGAGAGAGACUUUAGGCCGGGCGGUUUUACGGAGUAUAUGGUAAAAGAUUUGGGAAUGGGAUUAGAUGUUGGUGCGGAGGAGGGGGAUGAUGUUGUAGUAUUGCCUGGUGCAGCAUUGAAUAAGCAGAUGUUUUCAGCUAUGGUUGGUAAUGGAGAUGGGAAGCUUGGAACUCAAGGGCUUAUUACUGUUAUAGAGAGGAUCAAUGGCAAGUGAAUCAAUUCUUGUGCCAAUGUCUUAUUGAGUUUGUUUGGCUGUUUGGGAUGUGUUUCCUCAUUGAAGAAUACUUUCACUCUCUGUGUUAACAAAACCAUGCUGGUGUUGACCUUACACUGUUUGCUAGACUCUCCGGAAGGAAUAAAUACUAUUUGUAUGUUGGGUCAUUAUUUCUUGAAAAUUGAUGGCUUAGGCUGAUAAGUUUCCAUUUAUGUAGGGUGCGCAUCGAUCGAUUACAUUUUGAUUUUCAGCUUGUAAUUGCACUAAAUUGAUAACCAAAUUAUUUUUGGUUAGUUGAUUUUUGGUCGUUAGCAAUUUGAUUUUCAAUAUAACCUAUAAGAAUAUGCUCUUCUAA